AUGUCGCUAUACUCCGAACCCCCCUCUCUGCGCGAGUUCAAGUACGACAAGCCCACUCUGCUCGUGUGCUGGUGGGCAACCGCACUAUGCACUUGCACCAUAUUCUUCCGCGUCACCGGCCGCUUCAUCAGGACGGAGAGGUUAUUCAAGUCGGAUCGAAUAUCGGCGCUCGCCCUCAUACCGUUGUAUCUGCGCAUGGCCUGCGUACACUACAUUCUUCUUUAUGGGACAAACAAUUCGGAUUUUGAUGGGGUUCAACUGAGUGAGGAAGAAAUCAAUCGCAAACAGGUCGCCAGUGGUUUGGUGCUCCUUAGCCGCAUCAGCUACGCUGCAACGCUCUGGAUUUUGAAAUACACCACCCUUGAAUUUUUCCGGCGGUUAACAGAUGUCACUUGGGAACGAUCCUAUGAGAGAACACUGAUUAUGAUCCGCUGGGCUUUGAUAGUGACCUUCGGCGCAGUUUGCAUCAGCACUCUCGCCGAGUGCCGGCCUUUCAGUCACUACUGGCAGGUCACGCCCGACCCUGGAGGUCAAUGUCGGCAAGCAUACGCCCAGCUAUUGACCAUGGCUGUCUGCAACAUUUUGACCGAUCUACUCAUCGUGUUCUUCCCGAUUCCGAUCAUCCUUCGCAGUAACAUGAGAAUGAAGCGUAAGAUUCAGCUCUGUCUGCUCUUUUCGCUCAGCUUGUCUGUGGUUGGGGUUACCUUGUACCGUGUACCCCACAUCAUAGCAGAGGAAGGCCGCCAGCAGUAUCGUUCACUUCUUGCAUCUGUCGAGCUAAUCUUUGCCACCGGGUCCGCAAACGCCCUUGUCCUUGGCUCCUUUGUCCGUGAUCGUGGCGCAAAGAAGAAGAAGUACCGCCGUGACUCCGCCGCCGACUCGUUCGAUCGCGUCAGCAAUCAUCGGCGGCCAACACUUCACCGUCAUUGGGGCAGUGACGAGGAUUUGGUUCGUGAUGUGGGCAUGGGUGUGGAUCCCGAGCUCCAGGAACGCCCGCAGAGUUCCGGUACCAAUCCAAUGCCAAUAGCGAAAAACAUUUCCGACGAUCUAUUGCGCUGGGAGUUCCCACAGCACAAUCAAGGCCAGGAGGGGCGAAGCGAUGAAUCCCUCUUCUCACAGGACCCAAUUGGUAAAAUUGAUUCCAAUAUCCCGCAGAGGAGGGUCUCCUUUUUUGAUGUAGGGGGACUGUUGAGCGAAGAAGGUGAAACAAGCUCCGCACGCAAGGCCAGUGUUGAUCACAAGCAACCAAGUCCAUCUCUCACUGCUGGUUCAAAUGGCUUCCGCAGAGGGUCUAGCACGUUGUUGCAAGACCUCGGUGGCCUCCUCAGCCCUCUGCAUACAUCCUCUCGGUUCAGGGGAAAGGACCUUGAGCUCCAGCCGAUUCCUCAAUCUCAAGAUGAGCAAACCUACACUCACGGGAAACCAAGCCCGAUUCUAAAAGACCCUGGCGGCUUGCUCCGCUCAUAA